AUGUCCAAGGACGAAAGCACAAGUCAGCAGAGCACUGCUGCUCAAGAUGACGACGAGCCGGAUGAGUGGGAUAAGAGGAUAUUUAGUACGGGAUGUGCAGAUGAGAAUGCCAAAUUGACCGACUGCUAUUAUGAAAAGAAGGACUGGCGAGCUUGUAAAAAGGAGAUGGAGAUUUUCAAAGCUUGCUGGAAGAAACAUAAUAACGAUCAGAGGACGUCGAUGAAGGAUGUGAAGGAUGCAUAA